AUGGCUCCAGGAGAGAAGGAGAGAGAAGGUCCAGCCAAGAAUGCACUCCGUAAGAUCCGCACUGCAACUCUCGUCAUCAACCUGGCCCGAGGUUGGCAGCAGUGGGCCAAUGAGAACAACAGCAAGCAGGCCCAAGAGCCGGCAGGUUGGUUGCCUGGCAGCACCCAGGAUGUACCCCAAGUUGCAAAGCCAGUGACACACCCCACUCCUCACCAGAAUACUCCGAGCAUCACUUCAAAGUCUUCUUCCCCAGAGGGCUUUGGAGAUGGUCAAAGUGCAGAGGAAGCCACAGAGGUCUCUCCCAUCAAAAGGAAAGAGGUGACCAAGACAGUUGUCAGCAAAGCUUACGAGAGAGGAGGGGACGUGGGCCACCUCAGCCACAGGUAUGAGAAGAAUGAGCUGGGGCAGCCGGAGAAUGACAUCGACAGGAUGCUCCAAGGCCGUGGCUCCCCGACCCGGAGGAGGAAAUGUGCCAACCUAGUCUCAGGGCUCACCAAAGGCUGGAGGGAACUGGAGGAGGAUGAGCCCAAGUGGAGAAGCGACAGCAUUGACACAGAGGACAGUGGCUACGGAGGGGAGACGGAGGAGAGAGCAGAACAGGACGUAGAACAGGCGGCUGCAGCCAGAAUCAAACGCCCGUUGCCCUCCCAGGCAAACAGAUACACAGAAAAACUCAACUGCAAGGCCCAGCGGAAAUACAGUGAAGUGGGCAAUCUGAAAGGAAAAUGGCAGCAGUGGGCCGAUGAACACAUCCAGUCUCAGAAGCUCAAUCCUUUCAGUGAAGAGUUUGAUUAUCAGCUGGCAAUGUCCACCCGCCUUCACAAAGGGGAUGAAGGUUAUGGACGACCCAAGGAAGGAACCAAAACUGCCGAAAGAGCUAAACGAGCAGAAGAGCACAUCUACAGAGAGAUCAAGGACAUGUGCUUCAUCAUCCGCACCAUGGCACGCCACCAGCGGGAUGGCAAGAUCCAAGUUACCUUUGGAGACCUCUUUGACAGAUAUGUCCGCAUUUCAGACAAGGUGGUGGGCAUUCUCAUGCGUGCCAGGAAGCAUGGCCUGGUAGACUUUGAAGGAGAGAUGCUAUGGCAAGGCCGGGAUGACCAUGUAGUGAUUACUUUACUGGAGUGA